CAUGCGCAGUGGGUGUACCUGCCACCCUAGCAGCCAGGGGGCACAGUGUGAUCUGCAGAGCAAGGUCCUCAUUCAGGAGACAUGGCUGGAAUCAUCAGGAGGAUCAUUACCACCAGCAAGGCUCCAGGUGCCAUAGGACCUUACAGCCAAGCUGUGGUGGUGGAUAAAACCAUGUACGUGUCUGGCCAGAUUGGCAUGGACCCUUUGAGCGGACAAGUUGUGGCUGGAGGAGUUAAGCCUGAAGCAAAGCAGGCUUUGGUGAAUAUGGGAGAAAUUUUAAGAGCAGCGGGAUGCGACUAUUCUAAUGUUGUAAAAACCACGGUUCUGUUGGCAGACAUGAACGACUUUAAUGAUGUUAAUGAAAUUUACAAACAAUUUUUCCAAAAGAACUAUCCAGCAAGAGCUGCAUAUCAGGUUGCUGCAUUGCCAAGAGGUGCGAGAAUAGAGAUUGAAGCUGUUGCCAUUCUUGGGCCUAUCACAGAGAUAUCCUCAGCGUUGUAAGAAAAUACUGCUCCACGCAAUAUCCGUCACACCACUACACAUGCACAUUUUUUCUUCUUAUUUUUGUUUUCUUUAGCAAGUUCUAUGUUGUCCUCUAACCUUUGAAAUUCAUUUAUUGCAUAUUUCACUAGAGUGCCAAUACCAAUGAUUAGAUAUUCUGAAAUUGAUUUUUGUUCUGGGGGGAGUCCCCACUACGCAAUGUACGCAGCUUUUAAAAGCAACUGGAAACAGAACUUUUGAACUGAUUAUCUGCCUCUGUUGAAGCCUGGUACAAAGGUGAAAUAUCUAAGAAUCAAGUGUCAAAUGCACUCUUCCAGUCUCCUGAAGGAACUGCCCUUCUGCAAAUUAUGUCCUCUCCACAAAAUGGCAGCAGUUCUAGUGGAGAUGGACUAAGUGAGCAUUUAAUAUCUUUUAUUUUCUUUAAUAAUAAAGAUGUUUUAUAUUGCGGAA